UGUCCCUUGGACACAGCAGAUCAGAGCCGAUGAUGUCGGCUCGGUCAUGUGAUCAGCUGUGUCCAAUCACAGCUGAUCACAUAGCACUGAUGAUCUGUGUAGCCCCAGCAGCACCACCUGUCAGUGUCCAUCAGUGCCAGCUCUCAGUGCUCAUCCAUGCCACCUGCCAGUGCCACAUCAGUGCCACAUUUCAGUGCCCAUCAGUGCCACAUCAAUGCCACAUAUCAGUGCCCAUCUGAGCUGCCUUUCAGUGUCACCCAUCAGUGCCAGUCAGUGCCACCUAUCAAUGCCAGUCAGUGCCACCUAUCAGUGCUGCCAAUCAGUGCCACCUAUCAAUGCCAUUCAGUGCCACCUAUCAGUGCCAGUUAGUGCUGCCUAUCAGUGUGCAUCAGUGCAGCCUAUCAGUGCCCGUCA